AUGGACGUCUUCAACGAUCCCACUCUCGACGGAUUUCUUCUGCGUGGAGUUUUUGAUUCUUCCGCUUCUGCAUUUAUCCCAAUUGCAGCAAUGCAGGAUCUGCAUGAGAUGGAUAUGAUCCCGGAUCCGGAUAUCUGUGAUGCGGUACUGCGAGCUUGCCGGCGUGUCAAUGAUUUUGCACUUGCUGUGCGCUUUGUUGAGACCCUCAAACUGAAAUGUGCAUGCAAUCGUUGGGCGCACAAAUGGCUCCUGGACAAGAUCAAGCCGACGAUGGAUGAAUUAGGCAUACCAACGCUGCAAGAAAUGAAGUACGACAAGCCGGAGCUAUUUAUACCGAUGCCAGAAUGGUGGUGGGAACGCAAGUGGUACAAAGAGUAUGGGUACGAGAAACAUGGCUACGAAUACUGA